AACAAACCGGUUCAUCUGAACCGCUCUAAUAACCCACUCCGGUUUACUUUCCCGGUUCAUGCCCCAACACAUAAAGCCCGUUGGAUGCGAACCAUUCGGAGCAGUCGAGUUCAUUUUCCCUGUUCAUCAUUCAAUUAAGAAGCUUCAUUGCUACAUUUCGUAUGGUAUGGUACCCAUGAAGGGCGUUCUUUCUCUGCAACGGGCUGCUGUGUUGAGCCGUCUAAAUGGGAACUCGAGGGUAGCUGCUAGAUUAUUCAGCACUCAAUCUGCAACAACCGCUAAUACCGCACAGCCUCCACCACCUCCCCCGCCUCCGGAGAAAACUCACUUCGGUGGCUUGAAAGACGAAGACCGCAUAUUUACCAACCUUUAUGGCAUACACGACCCGUUUCUCAAAGGUGCCAUGAAGCGUGGUGAUUGGUACAGAACUAAAGAUAUAGUGAUCAAGGGUUCGGAUUGGAUAGUAAACGAAAUGAAAAAGUCUGGCCUACGUGGACGUGGCGGUGCUGGUUUUCCGUCCGGUCUCAAAUGGUCGUUUAUGCCGAAGGUAUCUGAUGGUCGUCCGUCGUAUCUUGUCGUUAACGCUGAUGAAAGUGAACCCGGAACGUGUAAAGACAGGGAGAUUAUGCGAAACGAUCCGCAUAGACUUCUAGAAGGAUGCUUGAUUGCCGGAGUGGGUAUGCGAGCAACUGCUGCUUAUAUAUACAUUCGCGGCGAGUAUGUAAACGAGCGGCUUAACCUUGAAAAAGCCAGAAAAGAAGCCUACGCAGCUGGGUUACUUGGCAAAAAUGCGUGCGGUUCGGGUUAUGAUUUCGAUGUGCAUAUACACUUCGGUGCCGGUGCUUACAUUUGCGGUGAAGAAACCGCACUUCUCGAGAGCCUUGAGGGUAAGCAGGGAAAACCGAGAUUGAAACCCCCUUUCCCAGCUAACGCAGGUCUAUACGGGUGCCCAACAACCGUUACAAACGUCGAAACCGUAGCCGUCUCACCUACCAUUUUACGACGUGGGCCCGAGUGGUUUUCUAGUUUCGGGAGAAAGAACAAUUCCGGGACGAAACUGUUUUGCAUAUCGGGUCAUGUGAACAAGCCAUGCACGGUCGAAGAGGAGAUGAGCAUAUCGUUAAAGGAGCUGCUAGAGCGGCAUUGUGGCGGUGUUAGGGGCGGGUGGGACAAUUUACUGGCGGUAAUUCCUGGUGGUUCGUCUGUACCGUUGCUUCCGAAACACAUAUGUGAGGAUGUUUUAAUGGAUUUCGACGCACUUAAGGCGGUCCAGUCUGGAUUAGGUACAGCUGCAGUUAUUGUGAUGGAUAAAUCGACGGAUGUUGUGGAUGCGAUUGCGCGGCUUUCGUACUUUUAUAAGCAUGAGAGUUGCGGUCAGUGUACGCCAUGUAGAGAGGGUACGGGAUGGCUUUGGAUGAUCAUGGAAAGGAUGAAGACCGGGAAUGCGAAAUUGGAGGAGAUUGAUAUGCUACAAGAGGUGACAAAGCAGAUUGAAGGACACACGAUUUGCGCGUUGGGUGAUGCUGCUGCGUGGCCCGUUCAAGGUCUUAUCAGGCAUUUUAGGCCUGAGCUCGAAAGGAGGAUUAGGGAACACGCUGAAAGAGAGUUGCUUCAGGCAGCUGCUUGAUUCAGGCCAAAGAAUUUACAGCCCUGCAGUUGGUGGAAUAAAUAUGCAGAAAUAGUUGUGGACUAACUCCCUUCACGAGCAUCUCGGUUGUAUUUUAAGUUUGUAUCGAAUUGCAUUGCGAUCGAAAUAGUACCCUUUUUGAAAUUGGGGUAACUUUUGUUGUUUCGGUGUGCUUAAGGAUACAAAUACAUCCUUAACUUCAUUAAGCCAUGUUUUUGUUAUGUUAAUAAGGCUGAAUGCAAUGUUGUAACGGUGCAAUCACAAGCUUUUGAAAGCUAAAGUUUUUUUCUUCUUACAA